AUGCGCAAAGCUAGCGAAGUUAGGACCAGAAGGAGUCCUGUGGAUACCCAGACGUUACGCUAUCAGCGGGAAGUCUCUCAGGGUCCUCGUCUCGAUCCCCUGUCUACUCCCGGCCCGUAUGCCCGGGAAGACCUCGUGCGGUCCUUCGAAAAUUUCCUUGAAAACCCAAAUGGAGUUGACGUCGGACGUGGUGGAGCUAUCGUGCAUGCCACCGACAACAAUGCCCUGUCAUCGGUACUGAAUACAGCUUCUGGGAAUAUUGACGAUAGGCGCCGCAACUACCACCUUUAUGCAGCUCCAAGCCCAUCCACCGGGUCGCUCGGGCGAUACGGUGAUUCCCUAGAGCAGCUCGACCCUAUAACUCGCGAUUUUCUCCUUGCUAAACGCAUCCUGGAUCUACCCGAGGCCCACCCCAGCGUCAUGUUUGUUGCCUCCCAUUUUGCCGAUGACAUUGUUGCAACGUCACAAUGGGCGACUCGCACUGAGAUGGCUGCAUCUUUCUACGAGAAGGCACGUUUGGUAGCCGACUUCAAGUUGGAAAAGGAUCAAAUUACGCUUAUUCAGAGCUUCGUUCUAUUAGGGGAGCGUUGGGAAUCCCCGAUACUGGAUGAGCCGAAUCAACGUAGCUGUGAUAAUAAGGCUUCAUCGAAGCUUUCCAAAUCAAAGGCAUUGCUUUGGAAACGCAUCAUUUGGGUUGUUUUGGCAUGGGGUCGGUACACCGCUCUCGCUGUGGGCGCCCCUACCCUAAUAGAUAAUAGACGGACCGAUGCAGACUCCGCUUCGCUCGAAGAAUAUUAUUUCGACGAGAGUCCAGAAGAUCCUGCUGCGGAUCGCUAUACAUUGCGAUCCCUAGAAACAGCCUAG